CCAAACUGCAAAUACGAUAACGUUUAAGUGAAACUCCGACACAGAAGAACUAGGUGAAGAAGCCAUUGUUUAGCUUCUCAAAUUGCAUCGGUUUUGACCGGAGAAGCAAGUACUGAUGCCAUCGUUUAGCUUGAAGUACUUUGUAGGUAAUGGACUGAUGAUGCAUCUUUGUUCUUCCACAUAAAGAGGAGCCACUGCAUCGUUACACAAAUUCCUAAAUUUCUUUAUUAUGGGUGGCUCUCCUAGACAUGAAGAGGUGUGUCGUUCUUUACUCUAGGCUUUAUUUACGACUUUUCUCUCAGCAUCCCUUUAUUGGCAUUCCUCCACAUGGUUUGCAGUUAUUUGUUAGAAGAUCUUUGAGCCAAAGUCUCUCUUCCUCAAGGUCAACCAAUACUAGACCUUUUCCUGAUUAUUCUCCCAAAAAGCCCACCAUUAAAGAAUCUGAACUUGUCCAUCAAAUCUCAAAUACAAUAAAGUUACGCCGCUCUGAGCCCCUUGGCCGCAUUCUUAAGCCUUAUAAAUCCAAGUUUAGGUCUGAUCACCUAAUUUGGGUUCUUAUGAACAUCAGGAAUGAUUAUGAGUUGGUUUUAGAUUUCUUUCAUUGGGCAUGCCUACAUAGAGACCUAAACCUUGAAUCUCGUUGCACUGUUGUUCAUAUUGCUGUGGCUGCAAAAGAUCUUAAAAUGGCCCAUGGACUUAUUUAUGAUUUUUGGGCAAAACCAAAUUUGGAUAUCAAUCAUUCAUUCAAUCAAUUUGUUGAGCGGCUGAUAUACACUUAUAAGGACUGGGGUUCAGAUCCCAAUGUAUUUGAUGUUUUCUUUCAAGUGCUUGUUGAAGCUGGAAUGCUGAAUGAAGCAAGAAAGUUUUUUGAAAAAUUGUUCAAUUAUGGGGUAAUUAUUUCUGUUGAUUCCUGUAAUUUAUAUCUUACCCGCCUGUCAAGCAACUCUGAUAUGCUUGGGAUGGCAAUAAAAGUUUUUAGUGAAUUUCCUCAAGUUGGUGUUUGUUGGAACACCACAUCAUACAACAUUAUUAUGAAUUCCCUCCUCCAAUUGGGGAAAAUAAAAGAGGCCCAUCAUAUACUUGUGAGAAUGGAAAAUAAAGGCUGUAUACCUGAUGUGGUAAGUUAUAGCACUAUAAUCAAUGGGUAUUGUCAAGUUGGUGAACUACAAAAGGUGCUAUGGCUUAUAAAUGAAAUGCAAAUGAAGGGAUUGAAGCCAAACUCAUACACCUACAACAGCAUAAUCCUUGUUCUCUGCAGAAGUGGUAGAGUUGUUGAAGGUGAGAAAAUCUUGAGGGAGAUGAUGAACCAGGGAGUUUUUCUGGAUAAUGUGAUAUAUACAACUCUGGUUGACGGUUUCUGCAAAUUGGGGAAUACUCAAGCUGCGUAUAAGUUGUUUGAUGAAAUGGAGUCUCGGAAAAUUGCUCCUGAUUUUAUAUCAUAUACUGCUCUUUUAUGUGGGCUUUCUCAAAGUGGAAAGUUUGAAGAAGCAGAAAAACUCUUCAGUGAAAUGCUUUGCAAUGGAUUGGAGCCAGAUGAGGUUACAUAUACAGCACUUAUUGAUGGUUAUUGCAAAUCAGGAGAGAUGAAAAAGGCAUUUUCCCUUCACAAUCAGAUGGUCCAAAAUGGGCUUACCCCAAAUGUUGUCACAUACACUGCACUGGCUGAUGGCCUCUGUAAGUGUGGAGAACUAGAUACAGCAAAUGAACUUCUUCAUGAGAUGUGCAGAAAGGGCCUUCAGUUGAAUAUCUGCACCUACAACUCAAUUGUUAAUGGCCUUUGCAAACAAGGUAAUAUAUUGCAGGCAGUAAAGCUGAUGGAAGAGAUGCAGGAGGCAGGAAUGCAUCCUGAUACCAUCACUUACACCACAUUGAUGGAUGCUUAUUGCAAGACUGGGGAGAUGGUCAAGGCUCAUGAGCUUUUGCGUGAGAUGCUUGAUAAAGGGCUUCGACCUACAGUUGUUACAUUCAAUGUGCUCAUGAAUGGUUUUUGUAUGUCAGGAAUGCUGGAAGAUGGUGAGAUGCUACUAAAAUGGAUGUUGGAGAAAGGCAUAAUGCCAAAUGCCACCACCUAUAAUUCUCUUAUGAAGCAGUACUGUAUUAAAAAUAAUAUGCGAUGCACAACUGAGAUGUACAGGGGGAUGUGUACUCAAGGAGUGAUCCCCAAUAGCAACACCUAUAACAUUUUAAUAAAAGGGCACUGUAAAGCAAGGAACAUGAAAGAGGCAUGGUUUUUAUACAAAGAAAUGGCAGAGAAGGGAUUUAAUCUAACAGCUAGUUCCUACAAUGCUCUGAUCAAAGGUUUUUUCAAGAGGAAGAAACUUUUGGAGGCAAGAGAACUAUUUGAAGAGAUGAGAAGAAGAGGGUUGGUUGUUGAGGCAGAAGUAUACAAUAUUUUUCUCGAUAUAAACUAUGAAGAGGGGAACAUCGAAACCACCCUUGAGCUUUGUGAUGAAGCAAUAGAGAAGUGUCUGGUGGAAAAAGCCAGGAAUGGAAAACAAUAUGAACUCAUCAAGCUUAUAGGAGCAUGGGCAAGCCCAUAUGUUAUGAGGGCAAGAAUAGCUCUUAACCUCAAAUCUCUUGAUUAUGAGUUUCUUCAGGAAACUUUUGGAUCAAAAAGCCAACUUCUUCUUCAAUCUAAUCCUGUCUACAAGAAAAUCCCAGUUCUCAUUCAUAAUGACAAACCCAUUUGUGAGUCCCUUAUUAUCGUUGAGUACAUUGAUGAGGUCUGGUCUUCUGGUCCUCCUAUUCUUCCCUCUCUUCCAUAUGAUCGUGCCAUUGCAAGAUUUUGGGCUGCAUACCUAGACGAUAAGUGGUUCCCAAAUUUGAGAAUGCUUAGGGCUGCUGCAGGAGAGGCAAGAAACGAGGCUACAAGGCAACUUGCAGAAGGGCUUCUACUGCUAGAGGAUGCAUUUGUCAAGUGCAGCAAAGGAAAGGCUUUGUUUGGAGGAGAUGAAAUAGGAUACCUUGACAUAGCAUUUGGUUCGUUUUUGGGUUGGUUGAGAGCAACAGAAAAAAUGAAUGAAGUGAAGCUGCUUGAUGAAGCAAAGACACCUGGUCUUGCUAAAUGGGCAGAGAGCUUCUCUUCUCAUGCUGCUGUGAAAGGGUGGAAGAAGAAAGUACCAAAAGAUAUUGCAACCAUGGCUAAAAGCAGUGAACUAAAGCUUCUAGGAUCAUGGGCAAGCCCAUAUGUUAUGAGGGCAAGAGUCGCUCUUAACCUCAAAUCUCUUGAUUAUGAGUUUCUUCAGGAAAAUUUGGGAUCAAAAAGCCAACUUCUUCUUCAAUCAAAUCCUGUCCACAAAAAAAUCCCAGUUCUCAUUCAUAAUGGCAAACCCAUUUGUGAGUCUCUUAUUAUUGUUGAGUACAUUGAUGAGGUUUGGUCUUCUGGUCCUCCUAUUCUUCCCUCGCUUCCUUAUGACCGUGCUAUUGCAAGAUUUUGGGCUGCAUAUGUUGGUGACAAGUGGUUCCCAAACUUGAAACUACUAUCAACUUCUCAAGGAGAGGCAAGAGAUGAAGUGAUGGGGAAAAUAGUAGAAGGGAUUGUGCUAUUGGAAGAUGCAUUUCAGAAGUGUAGCAAAGGGAAAGCUUUUUUUGGAGGAGAUGAAAUUGGGUAUCUUGACAUUGCAUUUGGCUCCCAUUUGGGUUGGUUGAGAGCAACAGAAAAGAUGAGUGAUGUCAAAUUUCUUGAUGAAAGAAAGAUUCCUGGUCUUGUCAAAUGGGCAGAGACCUUCUCCUCUCAUCCUGCUGUCAAGGAUGUCAUGCCACUCACUGAUAAGCUUGUUGAGUAUGGAAAAUCUCUUGUUGCCAAAUUUAGAGCUGCUAAUGCUAAAUGA